AUGACCGAAGAAGAGGAGCUUCUGGCUAAGAUCGGCCAGUUAGCUGGCCAAAUCAACCAACAUAAAAACCAGUCUCACCCUGCGACGCGCGGUACAUAUUCGGGCUCACAGUAUACUCGACAUUCGCGCGGUGGUUGGAGGCCAUAUCGUGGAAGAGGAAGGGGCGCAUUAAGGGCUUCGGCGGGUCCGCAUAGGAACCGGACACUUGUGCUUAACAACCAAAACGCUCCGGUGGACGCGGCGAGCACAGGAGCCUCGUCGUCCACACCAAGCAAUGAAGUCCUCGAUUCCAAGCCUGGCAUAAAGAACUCGUGGAUAGCGAAGAGAGACCGCCACAUGCAGCUAAUAAACUCAUCAAUUUUUGACCAGGAGACGCAGGCCAGAAACAAAGCAAUAGCAGAGACUCGGAGACUGAAGGCUCAAAAGAAAGCUGCGCGAGAAGAGUCGAUGGUUUUACGGCAUGCUCAGUCUGCUUCACGUUUCUCCGAGAGCAACAGAAGCGAAGCUCAGCCUGACGGAAGGGCUUAUACCAUAUAUGUCGGGGAUAUACCAUUCCAAGUUGCGCAAGGUGGCAGCAAACUCAUCUCUCUUUCAAAUGACCCUUUGAAGGCCAAUGUUACCCCCAAACGAGUGAAGGUCGGAGGUGUUACGUUUGUUAGAAGCAAACGGGGAAAUCUACACCGUUUAGGUGCUGUCGUUUCAAAGAAAAAACCCGAAAAAGUGAAAAAGAGAAACGAGCUAUGCAAGAGGUUUACAUCGACGGGUACUUGUUUCAAGGGCCCAACUUGCCCUUAUGUCCAUGAUCCGAACAAAGUCGCCAUCUGCAAAGACUUCCUACAGACAGGUAAAUGUGAUGCAGGUGUGGCCUGUGAUCUUUCACAUGAUCCAUGCCCUGAAAGGUCCCCAGCUUGUCUUCAUUUCCUUCGUGGUCGAUGCACGAAUCCCUCUUGCCGAUAUACCCAUGUUCAUAUAACGCCAGGUGCUCCAGUCUGUCGUGAUUUUGCUAUUUUAGGAUAUUGCAGUAAAGGAGCCAGUUGUGAAGGGCGACACGUCCAUGAAUGCCCUGACUAUGCUAACACCGGGAAUUGUGGCAAUAAGAAAUGUCCCCUUCCUCAUGUUGACAGGGCUGGUCAAAUUCGCAAGUUUACCGCUAACAAGGUAGAUCCAUCUGCUGAAGGAGACUCUGAAGAGGAUGUCUCGAGCGAUGACGAGGUGUUUGAAGAGAUUGACUCUGACGAUGUCGAUUCCGAUGACUUGGAGGAACCAGAAGAGAUCGUUCAAGGCACCGAUGGUGGGGAUGCUUCACAGCAGCUAGAUUUCAUUGGAUUCUCUUAG